ACCUCCGUGGCUGGCUGCGCCCGUUCAGGUCGCGUGAGAGUCCGCACGCUCGCGCCGCGUUUACGGGAUGCCCACGCGCGCGAACCUGCCGCCCGGGCCGUGAAGAAGAGCUUGAAAAAAGUUUGGUCGUUGCCGUUGCCAGGGAUCUUCUUGUUGCUGCUGCUGUUGUUUGUUUUAAACCCCUCGUUUGGGUUCGUUUCGUCUCUUCAUGACUGGGAGCGAGUCGCCACCGCCACCACCACCACCAUGCGAGCCCAAAUCGAAGUUAUACCAUGCAAAAUCUGUGGAGACAAGUCCUCAGGGAUCCAUUAUGGGGUCAUCACGUGCGAGGGGUGUAAGGGUUUCUUCAGGAGGAGUCAACAGAACAAUGCCUCAUACUCCUGCCCUCGCCAGCGCAACUGUCUGAUCGACAGAACCAACCGCAACCGGUGUCAGCACUGCAGACUGCAGAAAUGCCUCGCUCUGGGAAUGUCCCGGGAUGCGGUGAAGUUCGGCCGCAUGUCUAAGAAGCAGCGGGACUCACUGUAUGCAGAGGUGCAGAAGCACCAACAGCGUCUGCAGGAGCAGCGGCAGCAGCAGCAGACGGGUGAGGCCGAAGCCCUGGCCCGCGUUUACUCCUCUGGACUCUCUUCUGGGCUCGGAAGCCUCGGUCAUGACAUUGGUGGUGCGUACUCCAACGGCCACCUCAUUGACAUGCCCAAGGGUCAGGCCAACGGCGCCCCGGCCGGAUACUACGGCAUGGACUCCACCCAGCCCAGCCCGGACCAGUCCGGCCUGGACAUGGCCGGCAUGAAGCAGAUCAAGCAGGAACCCAUAUAUGACCUGACUCCCGUGCCCAACCUCUUCCCCUACAGCUCGUACCAGGACAGCCAACUAGCGCCAGGAGUUUCCAUGGGGGAGCUGGACCGGAUUGCGCAGAACAUCAUAAAGUCCCACCUGGAGACAUGCCAGUACACGGCCGAGGAGCUUCAGCAGCUUGCCUGGCAGACACACUCGUACGAGGAGGUCAAGAUGUACCAAAGCAAGUCGCGGGAGGUGCUGUGGCAGCAGUGUGCGAUCCAGAUAACCCAUGCCAUUCAGUAUGUGGUGGAGUUUGCCAAGCGCAUCACUGGCUUCAUGGAACUCUGUCAGAAUGACCAGAUACUACUGCUCAAAUCAGGUUGCCUGGAGGUGGUGCUGGUCAGAAUGUGCAGGGCGUUCAAUCCUCUCAACAACACUGUUCUGUUUGAGGGGAAAUACGGAGGCAUGCAGAUGUUCAAAGCACUCGGCUGUGACGAUCUCGUCAGCGCAGUGUUUGACUUUGCAAAGAGUUUGUGCUCAUUGCAGUUGACAGAAGAGGAGAUCGCACUGUUCUCCGCAGCAGUUCUCAUCUCCACAGAUCGUCCCUGGCUAAUGGAACCAAGGAAAGUACAGAAGCUACAGGAGAAAAUCUACUUUGCUCUCCAGCACAUUAUGCAGAAGAACCACAUGGAUGAGGACGCGUUGGCCAAGCUUAUUGGUCGAAUCCCCACAUUGGCAGCGUUGUGCACUCUGCAUACGGAGGAACUGCAGGCCUUCCAGCAGUUACACCCUGAAACGGUCAAUGUGCUCUUCCCCCCACUUUAUAAGGAGCUCUUCAACCCCGACGCUGCCAGUGUCAUGCCCAAGUGACGUCUACUUCCCUAUACACAUCCAUAUUUAGUACCAUGAAAGGACAGGAACGCAGUGCGGCUGUCAGCGGGAGACCUCCCAUGGCUGAGGGGAGGAGCCACCUACACCGUUGGUUACCUCGACAGCAUGCCGAUGAUCAUACAGCGUCCAAGGAACCGUCCAGCAAAAAUAACAACUACUACAGGAAUGUCCUGCAAAAUCCAACUCUGAUUUCACCGAUUCAGUCAAAAGAAUGUAUAUACGUACCCCUUAGAGAGGGUGCACUCCAGGACUGACCAGAAAUGUACAGACUUUAGAGCAAUUUAAGCUGUCUUUUAAUUGGGUAAGUUCGUCUGGGUCUUUGACCUUUUCUUUUUUUAUACGGCAUUGUAAUAUUGAAAAGGGGAUGAGGGUUGGAUUUGAAGACGAUAACAUAGCAAUUCCCUAGUUUGGAGCAUAUUCCAGUAUUAAAUCUCCUUCUGUUUAUAUUUUAGGCAUAAUUUAUAAACAGCGGCCCUGAGAGGUCGGUAUUUUGUCCAUGUACAUUUUUUCCUGUUUUGUUUUGUAGUUGUAUAUAACUUGUGAAAGUUUAGACAAAAAUUGUAAAACUACUAGGGGACGCUUUUUAUUUUGCUUUUUUUGGUAUGUUAAAAAGCCUUGUCUGGGCUAUGUAGAUAUGUACAGAUGGGUACAACAACAUUAACCUUACAAACUAUGGAACUAUGGAAAUGUAAAGGAUUUUCUAAGAGAAAACACAAGAAUGGAUUAUCUGUACUUUUUCCAUGAGAAGAUAUAGAGAUAUAUAUUUUGCAAAUGAAUAUGGCUCACCAUCCUGUCAUUCAGCGCUGCAAUAAUGUCGUCCGUAAGCACUAGAUUGCUGUCGAACAAUCAGUCGAGGCAAAGGGAUAUGCGUGGAAGGGCCUUCUAAGGCUAGGGGCUAUUUUAACCUCCCCCAACACCCUCCAAAAAUCUACUGCCAAAAGCCUCUGCUGAGGCACAUGGUAGAAGGUGCUCUGAAGUAUCUAAUUUGAGAUGCAAGAUUAAAAUGAGAGAAACAAGGGAAAUUAUUGAAAAAAACUCUAUAGACAUACAUUCGGACACUUUAGCCAUGAGGGCGAUGGUGGGAAAGAAGGAAAGAAUGGGAAGAAUACGUAGAGAAAACUUGGAAAGCAACAUCAACAGUUUGUAAAUACUCAAGGAAUCAAUCAAUCUUACCUUGAGGAAUUAAUCAAGCUUAACCUGAAUCUACGCAGAUGUUUCCUAACUUCGAGGCAUAUUGAGCGGCAAUAUAUUUGUUGCAAAUAUAAAAACAAGCUGUGAUAGACAAUCAUUUAGCUUUUGUAUUAUUUAUUGAAAUCCAAUAAUACAGCACCGAAAAGGUGGGUAUUUGUUUUCGCGUAGUUUAUUGCAAUACUGAGGCGUCGCUUGCCGCUAUUAUGUGCUGCAUUUGAUCAGAACUGACCCACAGGCCUCUGUUCUUCUCUCAGGCAAAGGCUUUUCUAUGAUGCACGUCGUUCUUCGCCCAUACCUCAGAAAAGUUUGUAAAGAAAAAAAAUGUUUCACGCCACAGCACGUGUUAAGAGCAGAUCUUCUUUACCAUUGUUUCAAGUUUUUGUUAGCUAUGGUGUGAUAACUUGUGAUAACACCUGCAAGUACCAGUGCAUCUUUUUCUGAUUUGUGAAUGAAGCUGAAGACUCACUUUCUUGAAAACCACUGAUGAGACUGAAAACUCUGACUAAUCAGUUGCUACAGGUUCUGUGUUGCAAUACCGUCACAGCAUUGUAAACAAAAUACACAUACAAUUAGGAAUACUUACACAAAAACAAAUAUUACUCACUUCAUCUAAUGAAUUGUAGUUACAGUUUUUUCAUGCAUGUAAUCCAACACAUUAUUAGACUGUACCUAAUGAGAACUCAUUGUUGACAGAAUCCUUGGUCAGAAAGAAACAGCGCCCUCUUAUAGGUUGAGACAAGAUGCAAUUAGCAUAAUUAAACAAGCAAACAUUAAUAAGUGGUUCUCCAGUUUUGAAUUUCAAACCCAGAAUAUCACAUUAUUAUACAGCAUCAAUUUUUUCUACAACCCUUACUAAUCAACCUGAACCUGAUUAUGCUCCCUUGAGUGCUCAGCUUUUGAAGUUGUAGAACAGCGGUCACCAACGCCGCUCCAGGAGAUCUAUCUUCCUUCAGACUCUAGUCAACCCCACGUGAUCGAGCUAGUUCUUGCCUUCAGAAGUGCUUGAUUAGCUGAAGUAGGUGUGUGAGAUUUAGGUGGAAGGUGAAACCUACAGGAAGGUAGAUCUUCAAGAGGAGGGUUAGCGACCACUGCUUCAGAUUAUAAAGACACUGAUGGAUUUCAGAGUGGAAUCACAUAUAAAACCAUUGAAAGAUUAACAAAAUUACUCUUAUAUGCAAGUUAUUGCACCACAGAUUUACCGCUGACAGAACUUUUAAUCAUAAGAUUUACCACAGUAUCACCUGUCCAUUUGAGUUAACGCAAAGCGAUAGUAUCAAUUUCCAGGGUUUUUUUGGGAGGGCUGAAUAGCGUCACUAUAUUUUCUUCCCAAUAACACAAGUUGUUGGUGGUCACAGGGUGGUCUCAGUGGACAAUCAGUACCGCUUUAUGCAUAGGUAACCUACAUAAGGACUUCCUAAGAAACAUAAGCAUUAAAAAAAUGAUUUAUAGAGCAAUAUUUGAACUUUUAUAUGUGAUUACUGGCUUAUGUGAUGUAAAUAACAUUUCCAUUGGCACAAGGGACUUUAAACUAAAGUGACCACUUAUAACACUGUUAUGUGGCAAGUAAUGGCACUUAUAAGGCAGAGGCCUAGUUAAGAGCACCAGUUCUAUGGAAGACUUGGAUAUCUUUCAGUGCAACUUGGACAUGAUGCUUCCUAACAGUGCUAUAAAUGAAUGUUUUGCACUUUUUGUUAAGGCUUAAGUCAUGCCUUAUGUCAAUACAAAGUCAUUUACUUUGCAAAACGCCUUUGAAAAUCUUCCAAUUAAUGACAAUAGUUGUUCAUAAACACUCAAAACUGCAUCAUAAAUGCCUUAUUUAAUGCUUCGGCGUAUGUUUUGAAGUUUCUAUGAAGGUAGGCCUUAAAUAAAGCCAGAAUUCCAGCGAGAAACUACACUAUAGGAAAGCCCAAAUUGUCUACGACAACCACUCGUUCCCUCUGUGUUCGCUCAUGUUUGGUCUAAUGGUUUGAGAAAACCGCAAGCUCUCUACUUUCUCCCGUUCAAGACAAUCACUUCCGGAUGCAGCCUGAAAGCAUCCGUCUCAGGGACUUCAGCUUUCUUAUUUUCGAUAUAGAAAGAGACUCCUAUUUAAAAAAAUAAACAUUGGGGGAGGGUACAAAUCUUUGGAAUCUUUUGGGGGUUUCUGAAACACUACCUGAAAACGAGACCUACCCAGACAAGGCUUUGGCAUGUAUGUGUGACCGAGAGAGAGAGAGCGUGCAUAUGUUUGCAUCUGUGUGUACAAAAUGUGAAAGGUUAAAUGGUCUGAAUUUUGCAGUCUAAAUUAUUAGUCACUGCUGUGCUUGUGAAAGGCCCCGAAGAGAAGCUGUAUCUGUAUAUAAUGGUCUGCCUCACAAGCACUAGAGAGAGGUAAAAAAAAAAAAAAAAAAUAGAAAACUGUAAUUAUUAUUGCUUCUCCUACAAUGAAACGGAUCUCUAUGUAAGUUAGAUUAUUUAUAGCGUGUACGCUGAAUAAGCUCCCUAUCCAUUUCCACGCUUGUCGAAGACGGUGCAUCUGGUGGGGAAAAAAAUAAUGUUCUACUGAAGAUGAAGGAUUCUUUUUUUUUGUGGUUUAGACUGUGAAUCGAGGCCGGGAGGGGUCAACACUGUUUAGGUACUUUAGCAAUAACCUAAUGCAUUUACUACUGUCAUGUUUGCAUUGUAAGAUUUUAUUUUUUAUUCGGUUAUUAUUCGAAUUAUUAUUAUAUUACUACUAGCCUAUUGUUGUUCAGUUAUCCUUGCAUGCUGUUUCACGACGAUGAAGAAAAAAAAAAAACGGUGGGCUUUUUUGUGUUUUGAUCAUGUGAUACUUCGGGGUGGGCGAGGGAGGGUGGGUAAUUUUAUAGUGAAUGUUACCGGGUACGUGUUCAGUUCGUAAAGACUGGACGCAGCUUACCUUGCUCAUUCUACUGUCAUACAUAUGUGCACUCAUACAUACACAUACAUGCACACCAAACCGUAUAUGAAGUGAAUACGAUAACAAGCACUUGGAAACAGUUUUAUUAAGGACUUCAAAGGCCUGGAUAGACUAUGAAUCUAUGUAUGUGCAUUUUAACUAUGCAGUCUUUCAGCAAAGUCAAUAGCUGUGGCUCUAGUUUGGAAACUUCUGACAGGAACUUAAAUCCUGUAGGCUGAGGCUGAGGGUGCUAGCUAGCAUUCAUCAUCUGGUACUAAUCUAAAUUGGUCAUCGAGUCUUUUUGCUUCAUUUAAAGCAUAAUUAAUCUGACAAAAAUUCCAAACAACAUACCCCUAAGCAUUUGCAGUCUCUCAAAAUGUACUUCCACCUUCAAGAUACAUCAUCAGAAGGGGGUUAGCCUAGUCUUUAAAUCAGGAAACUGCACCCCAUCACGAUUGUAAGAGGGGAGUAGGAAUGUUUACAACAGAUGUAGCACUGGUUAUGGUUUAUUUUUAAGCAAAAUUAUUUGUCUGAUGAUUUGAGUACCUUCAUUCUUGCAAACGCACACCGAACUCUCAUCUGGAACAUGAAGGAGUUGGUCAGCGCGCAAUAAAACUUUGUUUUUGA